CACGGGCGUCAGUAAGUAAAGCUGCAGAAACGGGCAAGCACUUCUAAGCACAUACGGCACUUUUGACUUUGACACAAAAAUCCAGCGUGCCUUCUUUGAGUUUCUGUUGUUCACUUUUGAAUUUUUGUUUUUAAGUUUAAAGUGCCCAUCUGGUAAUUUUCAUCUUCUUAGUAACUUUUCUUAAGAAGUUAGCUUAUCUGUGUGGUUUGCUCGUGUUGGAUGCAGUUUCAGCCAGAGUUGAAUUUGCACUGAUUUGGAGUUCAACCCAGCAUUAUGUCGAAGAAGUUGCUUGUGGGACUGGGGCUGGCUGGUGCGCUUGGAGGCUACCAUUUCUAUAUCGAACACUCAGGAUGCACAUACAAGGGAGAGGAAAAUCUAAAGGGCCAGGCGUUUAUUCUGACGGGCGCGACCAAUCCCGGGAUCGGGAAGGAGACCGCCAGGGAGCUGGCAAAACGAGGUGCCAAAGUGAUUUUGGCCGCCAAGAAUCAGGAUCGCUGUCAUCAGGCUCGCCAGCACAUCAUGCAUUCAACGAAGUACGCCAACCAUGAUGUGGACUGCGCGGAUUUGGAUUUGAAAUCGCUGAAAUCAGUCCGCAAGUUUGUGGAUGAACUGCCAGCAGAUUUGCAGCUGAAAGGAUUAAUUAACGCCGCGGAAACCGUGAAGAAACACCGCCGGGAAGAAACGCAUGACGGAUUAGAGAAACAAAUGGGAGUUAGUCAUUUUGGUCAUUUCUUACUGACCAACCUGUUGGUGGAGAAAUACGGGAGGAGUUCGCCUUUUCGCGUCACCGCGGUGACGUAUCCGGCCGGCUCCGUUGAAAUGCGUAUGGAGGACUUGAACUCGGUCAAGUCCUACGAUCGGGAUCGCGUGUACCGUCAAGCCAAACUGGCUACGUUGUACACCAUUUACUCGGCCGCCUUUCAAGUCGGCGCCUUCCCGGUCCGGUUUUUUGCCGUCAACCCGGGACCUUCCAACACCGAAGUGUUUCGUCAUGUUUGCGGCGACAAGUCCUUUAUUAUCAAAGUGCUUCUUCAGCCACUGCUGAUGUUUUUAUUUCCCUCGGCGGAAAAAGCCGCACAGCCCAUACUAUACACCGCACUGAGUCCGCAGCUGGACAAUCUUUCCGGAUCAUACGUGGAGAACUGUACGCCCAAGGAAAUGCCGAUUGGCAACCGAGAUCUCGUUCAGGCCAAACGCCUGUGGCAGAUAAGCCAGGAAGUCGUGGCUGAUCCCAAAGCAUUUGUUGCGGCUGCCGAGAAAGCCAAAACGGAGGCUUAACGAAUUUUAAAGUUUUAUUUUUUUAAAUCCACUGCAGCUUUGGCGUCAUGUUUUUCGUCAAUGUAAUUGCGGCAUGUAAAUGCAUUUUUUAAUCUUAUCGAGUUUACCUGUAUCAUGGUUCGGUUUGGUUCCAACCGUUAAUUAAUCAAACGAUUCCCUUGAA